AAAGGAAAGAACGGCACUGCCAUAAACGCUGCGGUGUGCGAGAGGGUUGAGCUAUAUAUCUGUGAAGUUCCAUUGCGAAGGAAGUGUCUUUUAUAUGGUAAACUUUACAGACUUAUUUAUAUGAAUGCCCGAUAAGUAUGAAUUGAGUCAAAGUGCUUCCAAAAAGUAUUGGUUAAAUGAUCUGAUAAAUGCUCUGCCCACUGAUUAAUUAUGAAUUCGUUUAAACUGGCAUGAACGAUUAGGUGUUCCAGAGAACCAUAAAUUUGCAAUCAUAAGAUAAGAUAAUGGCAUGGCAUAAAAGAACUAGCUACUGGGCUAAGCGACGCAGUAUUGGCAAAAUGUUUGCAAGGUUCACUUUAUGUCUGGCCGCCUUGGGGCUGCUCUCCCUAGCUGGAGCAUAUAAUAUUACAUCACAUGUGGUUGAUGGAGUGCCUGAGGACCUAAACAUAGCUACAGCCCCAUUUGUGCAGAUCGGCGAUGGAUACUAUUACAUUGUUGAGAAAGAGUCAUCGAAUUGGUUUCAGGCUUAUUUAGCUUGCCAUGAAAUGGGCGCCGAGCUAGUCAGCUUCGAGACCCGUGAGGAGCUGGACGCAAUUGAUGCGUAUAUGGGACCCGCUGACGGUUUUUCUUUCUUAUGGACUUCUGGAACUGAUGCGGCAGUUAAGGGCGAGCAUGUCUGGUUCACGAGUGGCGAACCUUUGCCAAGCACUGUUUGGGGUUACGCUCAGCCAGAUGAUCAGGGUGGUAACGAGAGAUGCGAUGUUUUAAAUAGAACUGGUGCUGUUUUGCCCCGCAUCGACGAUGCGGAGUGCGGAAGGCGUCAUGGGUAUAUUUGUGAAGCUCCUCGCCCGAAGACAGCCUCCUUCGUUAUUUGGUAA